AUGUUCCCCACCGCCGCUCGUCUCUCCAAAGCCUCCCGCAGGCCACUCACUCCAAAGCGGGGCAACAAAGACUUCUACAAGGGCACUCGCCAGGCUGCCCUCCCAGGUGGCCACAGGACAGGUGCCCCAGGUCGUUUCAUCGUCCGCGGAUCAGGCAAGUACCGUCUUCUCGACGAAAAAGUGCGCGUGUUUGUUGCACCCCACGUCACCGAUAUCAACCAAUGCGAGCUCAAACCUUACGUGCACACUGAGACCCAUGUCACUGCCUCGCAAAGAAAGGACCUGUACUCCUUGAUGCCGCUCACACUGGGCGCACCAUCUCCACGCUGGCGUGAAACACGGAUUAAAAACCGUCUUUCUUCCGCGGUCAGCACAGGCAAGGAAGUGCCGACAGCGUUGCCAGAGGGUAAAGCCAAAGGAGGUGUCUUACAGUGGUUUAAAGGAAUCACACACAGUAAAGAGAAAACGGUAUAG